AUGCCAGGUAAACAGAAAAAAGGCACCAACAAGCGUGCCGAUAGGGAUUUGCUCACCAGCAGCAAGGCGCCGUCAAAGUCGUCGGCCAAGCAGGCGCAACAAGAGGCUGCAGCAUCGGCAGCCGCCCAGGAGCAGCCAGCCAAGGCCACGCCGUCGGCAGAGGAGCUCGCCUCGCAGCAAAAGCUCUUGUCCAUUUUCCAGUCGGCCUACAGCGAGGUCUUGUCUUCUCCCGCCUUUUCCCAGACCCUGCAGGAGGUCAAGGCGGCGCUAUACGACCGCGAGUUUGAAAAGGCCUUUGCUCGGGAGGAGUAUCUGGAUGUGUAUGCGGCAAGGUGGAGUCCGACGAGGGCGCUGGGCUAUGCGGCCGUUCUCGAUGGUCUGAGGGACUGGUUGGACGGAUUGGCCCUUGAGGGGGAUGACACGACCUGGAGCACACCUGCUGCCGUUGAAACCGAGGGGAAUGACGAGACGACGGAACGGUUGGCUGAUCUAUCCUUGGCCAAUGGGUCUACGAACACGGGAGUCUCGGAAGCUACGGACGUAGCACCAUCAGAGUCUGAGGAGUGCAAGGACGCAAAUGGCGAUGAUCAAGGCGCCGAAUCUGAGCAGCAGACUGCCACCACGCCAGCAAACAACAACAGCAACAUCAAGACCCUCAAAGUCCUGGCUCUAGGCGGCGGCACUGCCGAGCUAGCCGCCUUUGUCUCCUUCCUAUCGAAAUCGCCAGGCGUCCGUGGUGACCUGACGCUCGUGGACGCCGGGCCCUGGACCGACACGAUCUCCAAACUACACAAGGCGCUGACGGCACCGCCGCCCAUUUACAAGUACGCCAGCGCGGCGGCCAAGGCGGCCAACAGGGCCCUGGCCGACGCCACGACGCUCCGGUACACGUUUCUCCACCGGGACGCGCUGUCGCUGACGGCCGCGGACCUAAAGAGCAGCCUCUCCGUCACUGGCAGCGGCGAGAGGCAGCAGCAGCAGCCCGACCAACAACCCGUGCUCGUCACCCUCCUCUUCACGCUGAACGAGCUGUACACGGGCGGCGGCAUCGGGCGGACGACGGCGUUUCUGCGCAUGCUGGGCCGGACCCUGGCGCCCGGCAGUCUGCUGCUCGUCGUCGAUAGCCCCGGGAGUUACUCCGAGGCCGCCGUGGGCGGCGACGGCAAGAACAAGAAAAAGUACCCCAUGUCCUGGCUUGUGGACCACACUUUGCUGCGCGCCGGCGAGGGCCGGACCAAGAAGAAGCCGCAGGAUCAAGAUGGCGGCGACGCGGAAUCAAACGCCGGGGACAAGACCAAGGCACAAGCGCAGCAAGAGGACGGAUGCAAGUGGGAGAAACUCGACGAGAAUGAAUCCAUCUGGUUUCGCAUCUCGGACGAGUUGCGGUAUCCCAUACAACUGGAGAACAUGCGGUACCAAAUGCAUCUGUAUCGGGCCGUCUCCACGGCAGAAAAGACAAAUUAA